CCUGCGUGGCCCCCCAGGAGAUGUUGCUGAUGCUGGCCUUUUGCUUGGCGACGCGGCGGACCCUGGCCGCCCCCAGCCCUACCGCCGAGGACCUGGCGCGGGGAGUUGAUUGGCUGACCAAGUUUGGCUACCUGCCCCCACCGGAUCCCAUCACCGGACAGUUGCAGACCCAAGAAGAGCUCACCAAAGCCAUCGUGGUGAUGCAACAGUUUGGAGGACUUGAAGCCACCGGCAUUCUAGAUGAAGCCACCUUCAAACUGAUGAAGACGCCUCGUUGCUCUUUGCCAGAUCUUGCAGAAUCAAAGACAAGGAAGAGGCGGAAUAGCCAAGGAGUUACCAAGUGGAACAAAAGGAAUUUAUCCUGGAGGGUUCGAACAUUCCCCAAAGAAUCCCACCUGGGCCACGACACGGUUCGUGCCCUGAUGUACUACGCUUUGAAGGUGUGGAGUGACAUCACACCCCUCAAUUUCCACGAAGUGGCUGGUAACAAUGCGGACAUCCAGAUUGACUUCUCCAAAACUGAUCACAAUGAUGACUACCCCUUUGAUGGCCCCGGGGGCACGGUAGCCCAUGCUUUCUUCCCAGGAGAACAUUAUACUGCUGGAGACACCCACUUUGAUGACGACGAAUAUUGGACCUUCCGGUCAUCAGAUACCGACGGAAUGGAUCUGUUUGCUGUGGCAGUCCACGAAUUUGGCCACGCCAUCGGCUUAACCCACAUCUCUGCCACCGAAUCAAUCAUGAGGCCGUACUACCAGGGACCGGUCGGUGACCCCCUGAAAUAUGAUUUGCCGUAUGAAGACAAAGUCCGGAUUUGGCAGUUGUAUGGAGUCAGAGAAUCCGUGUCUCCGACAGCUAAACCUGAAAUAUCGAAAGCAGAUGACCAUCCCAUCCUGCCAGAUUUCCCUGAGAAUCGCUCCACUGUCCCGUUUAGAAGAGACGUGCCAAACAGAUGCAGCACCCAUUUUGAUGCUGUGGCUCAAAUCCGUGGGGAGGUUUUCUUUUUCAGAG